AUCGACUGCGAGUGUAUUCACUGGAUGGCCACUUGCAGAAUGGUGUUAUACAACCUCGACAGACAUUUUCCAGCCGAUCUAAACGUUCGUGUGUUGGCACAGGCGAGCAGCUUUCUGGUCGCUUCUGCCUUCACCUUAUUUACCCAGGUCUGUUACAUUUCAUACUUCCUCACUGGUCCGCAUGCUCUCUUCGCCAUCAUUGUUUUUCCUUUAAUGUGUUGUGUUAUCGAAAGUCUGUUGAUUGCACUAUUCAUUUUAAAGCCGAUUCUUUAUUCUUCUUUUUUCUCUCCACCUUCUCUCCAUCUUCAUUUGAUCUCGUAUUCUCCUUAUGUCGCCAAUUCAAUUAACCUCAUUUUCCUAAAGGUUGUCCAACGACGAGAUCAUUUUUUGUCAUCAGGCAAUUCUGGCUUUGCCAACCCAUCGGAAAGUUUGACAUGCAGUGAGGUACGCCGAAUUGAUUCAUCGCGAGCAACAAUAUCAGCUCAUUCUAUUCCUUAUCAGCAGUGUGUCCUCGCAGACGGUCUUUUCGGAUCAUUUCAGUCUCUUCUCUCCACAGGCCUUGUGGCUCGCCCUGCCGUUUGGUUGCUUAGCUCCCAGGGACAAGCCAAGUCUCUGACUGAUAUUAGACAAUGUUUAAAGUCUUGCACUCCGGCAGCCGGAUCAGGUCCACUUGAGGGCUUAUCUUACGAAGCAUUUUAA